CAGAGGCGUAUGGAUGGCACUGUUGACUUUUUCCGAGACUGGAACACUUAUAAGAAAGGAUUCGGUAACAGACUCUCUGAGUUUUGGCUGGGCAAUGACAACAUCCAUGAUCUGACUGCAGUUGGCACUUAUGAACUGCGCAUUGACUUCACCGACUUCGACAACAUCAACACCUUCGCCAAAUACAACCUCUUCAAAGUUCUUGGGGAAUCUGAUAAGUACAAGCUGAUCCUGGGGGAUUUUGUUGGCGGGACAGCGGGCGAUUCUCUAACUUACCACAAAGACAUGAACUUUUCCACCAAGGACCAAGAUAACGAUCAAUCUACGACCGACUGCUCGCACGUCUACAAAGGAGCCUGGUGGUAUAACGACUGCCACUUCUCCAAUCUUAACGGCGUCUAUUUGCGUGGAGAGCACGCAAGCUUUGCGGAUGGCGUCAACUGGAAAACGGGAAAAGGAUACAAUUACUCCUACAAAUAUACGGCGAUGAAGUUUAGGCCCACUUAGCCGUUUUCUCCUGGCGUUCCUUACUUUAUCAUCACGGCCGCUUCGCUAACUUCUUUAAGGAGAGCAUCCUGAAGCCGACACGCACCCCAAGAGCUACUUAUACGGAGCGGUGGUCUUCGGACACCCCCCAAAAAACUCCACCCACACCUUCUGCACACUUUGUUGUGUUGCCGGUUGAAUUUUACUUUUUCCAUGUUUGAUAACUCGCCAGGUUUUCAGAAAAACGAAAACUGAACGCCAAGUUGUGCUCACGUUGCCGGAGAUGUUUCUAGAACUUGAUUGGUGUCCACCUGAUUGGACGUUAUCUCGAUGGCUGCGUAUGGAAGGUCGCACAAUUCACGCAGCAUCGGUGGACAAACGCCAACCCACCAAGCCCAAGAGACUCCCACGGGAUCACCAAAUUAUGGGGAGGACAAGAUCAAAGGAAAGUGGGCACAAGAAUUGUAAAAUGGAAGAAGUUUGGAACCACCAGGACUCAAAGACGUGACCAAGACCCCAAUGGUCCACUCUGCCAGUGCUUGAGGAGCACCAUACUGCUGUCUAAGCCCACUUCAUCCCAAGCAGGGUUAUGAGGGGCUGGAGCAAGCAUUGGGUGCAAGGUAGGAUCAAUCCCCCUGAACAGGCUGCCAGUCCAUCGCAGGGUGGUCCUCUGCUAAAAUGGGAAAAACCGAUCAGCUGGGCUGGACUUUGAGAGCUUCAAGGAAGUUUCUCUGUUUUGGUGAGACAAAAAAUGAACUCUUUGUGAACUCCAAAAGGUUGUGUGGUGAAGACCAGGGACAUCUUAUUAACUGCUUAAGACCACACUAUGGUGAAGCAUGGCGGGGGGAACAUCACACUGGGAUAGAGAGGUUGGUCUGAAUCGUAGGAAGGAGGUAUGGAGCCAAACACCGAGAGGUCCUAGAAGAAGAACAACUGCUCCAGAGUGCCCACCGCCUCAAUGUCCCUAAGCAUACAGCCAGCACAACGCUGGGGUGGCUAUGGGACAAGUCCCCGAAUGUCCCCAAUGGUAAGUCCACAGAAUGUGUGUGGAGAGUCCCGAUCUAACGGGGCCUGAGAGGAUCUGCCGAUAAGGACGGGAUAAGCGGCCCAAAGCUUAUAGAGGCUGACACAAGAACACUCAAAGCGGGGGGCUGCUGCCAAGGGGGCUUCUCCAAAGUGCUGCAUUAAGGGGUAGAAUACUUUGAUGAAUGCGAGACUUCAGGUUUUUAUUUUUAAUACAUUUGCUAACCUUUCUAAAAACACGUUUUCACUUUGUCAUUAUGGGACAUUGAGCGUGGAUUGACGGGGAUGAAUGGCGGAUCUCUCCAUUUAACACAACGAAGUGUGAAGAAAAAGUGUAAGCGGGUCCGCAUACUUAGAGCCCCCUGUGUAUCCCCAGCAUUUUAAUGGUCAGCACAUUUCCGUCUUGUACUUGUACAGCCACACGCAGGGAAAAAUAAAGCCUUAAAAAGUCAA